AAACGAGCACUUUCAAACCAAACGGCUGAUCGAAUGGUCCAUGUCUAUGACAGUUGAGCAUUAAGCAAUGGGAAACAUUGCGAGUUAUUUUUCCGAAAAUAUAACGUUGGAGGGGCCCGUAUUCGGUCAAACCAGCCAAGAAAAACCUACCGAAGUUAGCAAUGAAACACCAACACGUUGUACCAAAUUGGUGCCAGGGAAUCAGCUAUUUGACCCUAGAUCGCCAACGUUUGACAUUGAUCGUACACCAAUCGUGUUUGAAGUGGAAAGUGAAGAUGAGAGACAAGAGGAUCCAAGAUCACCGUCAUUUGGAAUAACCCGAACCCCAGUGAUCCCUGUUUGUGUGGAUGUCAAUAUGAAAGCUGUAUAUGAAAAGGAGAGAGAAGACUUGAUCCAGGUCCUCAAUUUUGCAGACUUGGACUGUCUUUCUCUCUCCAACAUAGAAGAAGACGCUUCAUUGAUCAGUGAAGAACCUCCUACUGCCUCUGCCACAAUUGAUGAUGCAGUUGCUGCUCCUGUUGACACUGAUACUACCCCAUCAUAUACAGAAGAAACUUAUGAUUUUUCUUCUUUUGUCAUCACGUCGUCUAGCACACCAAGGUCAAGUCCAGUCAAGCCUUCGGGUAAACCCAAGCGCCCGGUCAACACCAAUAAUGUUGUCACUGUCGAUGAAAAUUGUUUCGGGAAGAGCAACAGUCCGAUGAAUGGAGGUAAUUCCCUGUUGGGUCGACCUCGAGUUCCUUUUGGUGAUGUCAAUCGACCGGUAUUGGCCUCGCCUCGUCUGCAGUUGCAAAACAAACAAAGGCGUGUUGUGCGAACCGGAAUCCUUCAACAUCAACAACGGUACAGCAACAAAAACGAAUAAAAUUUUAAAUUUUAACUCCGAAACAAAACCUCUUUUAUUUUCAACCCCCUUCUGAUCGCAGCGUGUCGAAUAUGCACAAGAAAAAAUAAAAUAAAAAUUUUAA